CGACAACGACAACAACAUUCUCCACACACCACACUCACCACUCAUCUCACAACAGAGACCAAGCAUCUUGUGCAUAUCACUUGGAUCCAGAUCGACACGACAGGCACGCCCUCGCCCGCCUCGCCCCGCCCGCCUCACACACCCCGGCCCGACCGAUUUUCGCGUCCGUCACAUUUCGCCGACGCGCAGCAAGCAUCGCAGCGCAGGCAGAGCAACAUCAACCCCAUCGCGCGUUUUGCGACCUCGUCCCGACACAUCUGUUGUGCCAUCGCUCAAGCUACGGCGUGACGGUUGAAUCCGACCGGCGACCGACCACUCACUCCACCCAGCGCCGCCUCCGACGAUCACUUGAUAACUCGUCGCAAUCCGACUGGCUCGUGGCCCGACUUUCAACGUCACUCGCAACUGCCGACCAGCAGCCGCAGCGCACACUAGCACGCGACCUUUACCCCUCCGUCACCCUCCCCCUCAUGUCGGAACUGCCAAAUCUCGCACCCCAAGGCGGCGCAAGUGGCCCCGCGGCGACGGCGGCCGCGCCGGCUGCGCCCUUCACCGACGCGCAGGUCGACGAGUUUAGAGAACAGGACAGGUGGCUGCCCAUUGCCAACGUCUCGCGCAUCAUGAAGAACUCGCUGCCGACAACAGCAAAAGUGUCCAAGGAGGCCAAGGAGUGUGUGCAGGAGUGUGUUAGCGAGUUUAUCAGCUUUAUCACAUCAGAGGCGGCAGAAAAGUGCCUCAACGAGAAGCGCAAGACGAUCAACGGCGAGGAUAUCCUCACGUCGAUGCGCGCGCUCGGGUUUGACAACUACGAGGGCGUGCUCAAGGUCUACCUCGCCAAGUACCGCGAGCACCAGAUCAACCAGGCCCGCCAGCGGCAGAACCAGGGGCAGGCGGCCGCCGAUGACGACAGCGAGCUCAAGCGCUCGGCCGACGACGACGACGGCGACGCCAGGCGAAAGAAGCCUAGGAGCAAGAAGGAGUAGGCGUCGGCCGUCCCGGUGGCGGUUGACGAGAAGAGGCGAGGCGAGGGCAGGGGAUAGGUGCCAAUGGUUGGCACAGUGAUACCCUUCGACACAUAGAGCGGACUCUUAGCACCCACCUCACUGACGUCUGUACCAUGUAUGGGCAAUGCAGUGAUUUCAUGAUCA